UCACCUUUUCAAAACCGAAUUUCAUCCAAAGUCGGAGUAACACCUUCGUGAAUAUCCUAUGUAUAUUUUUGUCACAUUUGAAUUAAACAAUACAAAACUCCCCUAACAGAAUGAGACACCACGAGGAGGAAGAUGAUGAGGAGGAUGCCAGGGAGCUCGACUUGGACUUGGGGACUGCAAUAAAACUGUCCCUGAGAAGCGGUAGAAAUGUGAGCACCGGCAGGAACGUCUCCAGGCUCUCCAACCUGAUUUCGCAGACUUCCACGGAUGAGAAGACUUUGCUGAUGUCGCAGCAGUCGGAAGCUCCACAGGCCAAGUACAGUGACCGCCUUGUGGAGGACAUCUUAAAAGAGAUCUUCAUGGAGCAGCGAGGCGACUUCCCCGAGACCUCCUCUUCCUGUCACGUGGCCGAGAUGCCUUGGCCGCGGCAGCCGGAAGGGGAGGCCCAUGUGGACAAGCGGCUGCGGUAUUGGAAGGAAGUGCUAAAGCAGCGCAAGAAGAUGCAGGAGCGCGUGCAGCGGGAGACGGGGAAGCUGGCCAGCGAGGUGCUCUUCAACCGCCGCUCCACGCUCGACCACCGCGACGAGCAGACGGUGAAGACGGUUCUGGACUACGCGGGCCGCAUGGAUCCCGAACGCCUGCAGGAGUUGGCGGUGGCGCCAGUGGUCAAGCUGCCUGACCGCCAGGAUCCGUGCACUUGCCAGUUCAUUGUCGGUCCGGAGGUGACGCCCCCGCACGCAGAACAGGUGGGCUACAAGCAGGUGGAGAUCAUUGGUCUGCCGGAGGUGAGCAAGCAGGAGCUGCUGGGCAAGGAGGCUCUUAAGGAGAAGCCACCAACUGGCUGGCUGCAGUCCGAGUUCCUGGACCAGCGGCUCGAGCAGAACUUCGGCGCCAUCGAGAACGUGGUGGAGUUCUUUCCCGACCUGGCCGCCUUGCAGGUGACGGGUGUGGGAGUGGAUAAGCUGAAACCCACCUUCGCUCCGACGGUCCUGCUGCAGUCGGACUCCCUGCACACGGUGACCAACACCGACAGUCUGUUCUGCUCCGAGGAGUACGUCUCCGAGUCUGUAGGUGGCACUGAGGAUGAAUCCACAGAGGCCGAGACACCGGCGCCAGUUCCGGAGGUGGGUCUGCGCGUGAACGGUGUGGACUAUGUGCCGGGGGAAGCCGGUGGCGGAGUCCGCGGUUGCUAUGAGAUCGUGACGCGGUUCUCAUGCGAUCCCUUCCGUCGUCGCAUUAAGCGGGUGUUGGAGCUCACUAACAUCGGCCUGCAGACGCUUUCCUUCCACUGGAAGCAGAGCACGUACUUCUACAACCGGGCAUCCCUGCUGCUGGCCCGGGACAACGAGUUCUACUUCGACGUGGAUGGCUUCCGGCUUGUGCAAGGCCAGAGUCGGAGCAUAGUGGUGCUCUACCAGCCGCGGAAGGUGGCCAUGGCCGUGGAGCUUUGGCUGCUGCAGGUGGAGCCACGCAUCUUCUGCAGCCCAUCGCUGCUGGUGCGGCUCCACGGACGCUGCACUCCUCCGGCGGACUACAUGGCCAAGCUGCUGGAGUGCCAGUGCGCCUGCAUCUGCAAGUCGGACGCGGUGGCCAUGGACAACCUGACCACUCACCUUGGCGCCCUAGCUCCCCUGGUGGUGCCGCCGCCCACCUGCUGUCCAUACCCUCGCGUUCUGGACGAUCGGGAAACCUUUAACGCCCUGAACCCGGGCUACAAUUGCGACCGCUUCGAUGACCUUGAGGUGCUGCGGUCCCUGCAUAAGCGCUUGAAAAAGCCGCGCGAGAACCCCUGGGAUCUGCGCCUGUCCACUAUCAGGGGCUACAUCCUGCGCGUGGAAGCCCUGCGCGAAAGGGAGCAGCUCUUCGCCGAGUUCAAUAAGCUGAUAGCACCCCUGAUGCUUGCAGGCUCCUCCCUUGACACCUCACAGGAGCGCGAGGAGCAAAAAAAUCGAUCCCGGUUUAUCUAUGUGCGAGGAGUGAUCUGCAACGGGAUCGCCGAGUGGGAGGAGCUCAUGUUCAACGUGGAGGACUCGUUCUUCAAGCCGGAGUUGCAGCGCUUCUACCAGAGCUUGCUGACGGUUUCCGAUCAGGAGGAUGAGGAGGACGACGAGGAUGGUAGUCGCCGCAUGUCCCGACAGCCACGUCCCAUUGUACCCAUCGACCAGGAGAAACUAAGGGAGAUCCUAGAAGAAGAGGAGCUGGACGCCGACAAGAUACGGGGGGCGGUCAUGCGUAAACUGUAUCGCUCCAAGUACUUCCGGGACUCCCUCUACAUACAGACCUACUCGCAUCUGUGCAACAUGGCCGAGGAUAUAGUGUCCGUCAUCGAGAGCACGGAAGUCGAGCUAGCUUAGUAGGAAAAAGACUUGAGCUCAUCCCCUAGUACAUUUUUCGUUAAAGGAUCAUUUCAGAAAUAUGGCCCAAGGAUCCUGAAUUCUGUCCUAAAUUUAGAAAGACUUAUUGGCGUGAUGCAAAGUAAUGGGAUUUUUGAUCUACUUAGGUUUUUUUUUUUGGUUUUAUGGAGUUUAGUAAGACCCAAUAACAAUGGGCAUACCUUAAUGCAUCCAAUAAAUUAUAUCCUGAAGUUA